AUGAGGCGCGGGGGCGGUCCUUGCGGAGAGCGCCUGCCCGGCUCGCCCGAGCUCGCCGCACCCGCCAGCCCCCAGCCGUAGGACCCUGGCGAGCGCCCCUGCGCUGGGCUGCUGCCCCGGCCUCGAGUUCCCUGGCUGUGGCGGACUUCCACGACGCACACACGUCUCUCGUUUUUAAAAACCUGACCAAAGACAUAGAAUAAGCUUCAAGCUGGCGGGAACGAUGGGUCACAUAAAGAAAGGCGAGCUGACCCAGGAAGAAAAGGAGCUGCUGGAAAUGAUCGGGAAAGGUACUGUCCAAGAAGCUGGAACACUGUUAUCUAGUAAGAAUGUUCACGUCAACUGUUUGGAUGAGAAUGGAAUGACUCCUUUAAUGCACGCAGCAUACAAAGGAAAACUUGAUAUGUGCAAGUUACUUCUGCGUCACGGAGCUGACGUCAACUGCCAUCAGCAUGAGCACGGGUACACAGCCCUCAUGUUCGCUGCGCUCUCCGGCAAUAAAGACAUCACGUGGGCCAUGUUGGAGGCAGGCGCAGAGACAGACGUUGUCAACUCAGUGGGCAGAACAGCCGCUCAGAUGGCAGCCUUUGUGGGUCAGCAUGAUUGUGUGGCUAUAAUCAACAAUUUCUUCCCUCGGGAGAGGCUGGAUUAUUACACUAAACCCCAGGGGUUGGAUAAAGAGCCGAAACUGCCCCCAAAGCUGGCAGGACCACUGCACAAAAUCAUCACCACAACGAACCUCCACCCCGUCAAGAUUGUGAUGCUUGUGAAUGAGAAUCCUCUGCUGGCGGAAGCAGUGGCCCUCGGGAAAUGCUACAAGGUGAUGGAUUUGAUCUGUGAGAAGUGCAUGAAACAGAGAGACAUGAAUGAAGUGCUGGCUAUGAAAAUGCACUACAUCAGCUGCAUCUUUCAGAAGUGCAUUACGUUCCUCAAAGAAGGAGAGAAUAAAUUGGAGACCCUGAUCAAAAGCUUGUUGAAAGGCAGAGCAUCUGAUGGCUUCCCGGUGUAUCAGGAAAAGAUCAUCAGAGAGAGCAUCAGGAAGUUCCCGUACUGCGAAGCCACGCUCCUCCAGCAGCUGGUGCGAAGCAUCGCUCCCGUUGAAAUCGGGUCUGAUCCCACUGCAUUCUCUGUGCUUUCCCAAGCCAUCACAGGACAAGUAGGCUUUGUGGAUGCUGAGUUCUGCACCACCUGUGGAGAAAAAGGAGCAAGUAAAAGAUGUUCGGUUUGCAAAAUGGUAAUAUAUUGUGAUCAGACCUGCCAGAAAACACACUGGUUCGCACAUAAGAAGAUGUGUAAGAGUCUGAAAGAUGUUUAUGAGAAGCAGCAGUCUGAAGCCGCCAAACAUAAGAGCCAGGAGGAAAAGUCUGGAAAGCUCGAUGUCAAUUCUAACCACGUUAAUGAAGAUCAACCAGAGGCUGAAGUGGGCAUCUCCCAAGAAAAUUCCACUCCUGACGAUGCUGCGGAGGGAGGGAGAGAACCUGGAGACGAGGCCGGAGCAGCCCGGGCACAGGAUGCUCCUACGGGGCCCCAGCUGUCCGAGGAGUAGGAGCUGUCUGUCAACGGUGGCCAGCACGGGCCGCCUUCACCCCGCACAUAGCUGCAGAACUCACGUGACUGUCUCCAUCUGCUGUGACACCGCAUGGCCCCGCAGCACGGGUGCACAUCCGUGGAGUAGAGGCUUUCAAGCAAAGCUACCUCCUACGCCUGAUUUCCUCUUCAGCUCUGUUCUAUAGUCGAACAGGCAUUUCUGUGGAAAAUAUUUUCUUUCAAAAUACACACAAAGAACAUGUCCAUUCCCUGUCUGGCCCCCCAGUGAUUGUACACAAAGGAAAAUAAAUCCCCUUAAAGAAGAAAUCUGGGUUCUAGGGAAGAAAGCAAGCACAGGGAAGAUGUGAAAGAGAAAUCGCGGGCACAGAAAUAGGCCGUCAUAAAGAGCAAAGCUCCCCAGUGAGUAAAGGGCAUCUGAAUCGUUUUUAUUGUCCUGAAGUUGGACGUACGAAGCUGUAAUGAGGAACACUCUGUAUUCAAAGAGCUUUUCCAUAAGUCAGCCUGGUGUAGCUUAAAUAGAAAUUAUCCAGAGCACUUUGAGCCCUGGGUUUCUUGCAGCAAUCUUCUCUGUAGGAUUUGAACAUUUAGAAAGGCUGGAUCAAACACUGGGUAGUCACUGUACCCGUGCUUCCUGUAAAACCACCUCAUGCACCGUACUCUAUCUGAAAAGCCAACUUUUAUCUUCCUACCAACUUCUCAUGAGCCUCAUCCUACCCAGGUACUGUGACUUAGAGCUGUCGUUUUAAGAAUGUCCCGUUCUGUAUUUUAGCGUAUGUGGCAUGUAAGCAAAGCUGGAGUGCCGUGUCUUACAGAGGCGCUGUCUUUCGGUUUCCUGUUGGCUUUAAAAUAAAUCUACCUACAUACAUGGUUCA